UCUUGUGGAACAGAAAGACGAUGUCGUAGGCAUAUUAACGAUUCCCCAUUCAAACCCAAAAGAGAAUCGCUUUCGCGUACGAUUUUCUUAUUCUUCCCAAUAAGCGCGUUCAUCAGCUCAUCACCUUGUGACGAUAUGAACGACUUGUUCAAAGGCUUCGCAAAAGCCCAUGCUGAGCAGAACGGAUACCUGCUCGCGGCAACGCUCUCUCCAAUAGCCUCAUCAGGAAAUCCUCAGCGACUAAGGUUAAUAUGGAAGAGCAGCCAUUCGUCUAGCGUCAAAGGCGAUAUCAAACACUUCAUCAAGUCAAAUUCAUCUCAUCAGCGAAGUCUUGAUCACGAGGAAGUGAAGGGUUGGGUCGAGGUGUACGCCGCAUAUUGGAAUGCUAUUGGGGAUGUUGUUGCUGUAGAAGAUGGCAAGUCAACAUGGACCAAGGUUUACGAAUCCUGGAAGGAUGUAACAUCCGCGCUGAUCCGAGGCUAUAACAACUUUGGCUUCGAAGCGUGGACAAUCCCGUGUUUAUAUGUAAUUGGAAAAUAUUUGAGACUAUUUGCCAUCAGAUCCGACACGGAGCGUAGCCGCAGUGCUGGUGACAAUUCGGGGGGAGCCGCCCUCAUACAGGAUGAUUUUGACCCAGAGACCGAAAAACAAAGUCAAUUAAGAGAUUGCGAGCAGCACCUAAAGAGAAUAUUCACCCUUUGUCUCAACGACAGAGCCCCGCUCGAAGAAUCCAGGAAAUGGGGUAUCUACUUCAUUAUCAACCUGCUGUUCAAAACAUAUUUCAAGCUAAACUCUGCUUCGCUCUCACGAACUAUUCUAAAGACAUUAAGCGCAUACAGGGGAGAUAUGCCAGCAUUGUCGGCCUUUCCAAAGUCACAGAGAGUCACUUUUAAGUUUUACGAGGGAGUUUUAUUUUUCUUGGAGGAAAAUUAUAUCGAGGCCGAGAAAUAUCUUGUCGAAGCAUGGGAACUCUGUCACAAGGACGCGAAUGCAAAUUUAGAGCGAAUACUGACCUAUCUCAUCCCUUGCCGCCUUCUUACAACCCAUGUGCUGCCCACAAAGGCACUCUUGGAGCCAUUUCCUCGCCUACAAAAACUGUUCCUGCCCCUAGCCCAAUGCAUCAGAAAAGGCGAUCUUCGCGCUUUUGACAUUGCCUUGCAGGAAGGCGAGGAUGAGUUUGUCAAGAGGCGCAUUUACCUUACGCUCGAGCGUGGGCGUGAUAUCGCCUUGCGAAAUCUACUACGCAAGGUUUUCAUCGCAGGCGGAUUUGACGAGCUCAAAGAGGGCGAGACCACGCCAGUACGCCGUACACGGGUACCUGUCGCGGAAUUCCGCGCAGCUAUCUGCAUGGGGAGCGGAGGAGAGCUGGUUGACACAGAUGAGGUUGAGUGCCUAUUGGCGAACAUGAUUUAUAAAGAUCUGAUGAAAGGCUAUAUUGCCCGCGAGCGAGGCAUCGUAGUCUUAUCUAAGAAAGGCGCUUUCCCAGGCACUGGUGUCUAACUAGACAUUGAUAGAUGAUCAAAUUCUGUCAUUAUUACUGAUAUAUUACUCUUAGAACCUCACCGGUAAGGCAUCUCGUUGCCUAGCUUCCUGAGAAAGAAUGUUGGGUGGAUGGGCUGGUGCGUGCGCCUGUUGCAUUACUCUAACACGAUUGGCGCCCAAAUUAUUAUGGUGUGCAUGACAUAUUAGAUAGCUAGCGAGGAUAUACAAGUUUCAAAAGGCCAAUAGGUCCUCUUCUAAUGACUGUUUUAUUCGAUAGC